AUUGUGCAUGCAUCAACAGGAAGACAACUAGCAUCUCAUUCACUCGCACAAUAUUGUAUUGACUCACACGUUACUCACAUGCAAAAUAAUGUAUUGACUGUGGUCGUUAGCAUACAAGGUAUUGUUUGGUACCUGUAUGGAGAGGAAGAUUUAACCUCACUCACUCGAAAUAUUAUUUGACAAAUCAUUCACUAAAAACAAUGGAUAUUACUGAAGCAUUUUCAACUUAUGGAUCAUGUGUGGAACGGGAAACAGAAGUGCGUGAAAGUGUACAAGCAGCUGUAAGAGAUCUGGAGAAAACUUCUUACACAAUUAGUACUAUACUUGAAAAGAUGCAUAAUGCAGAAGGGAUACAGAAUCUCCAGACAAUUUGUUCAGAUUGUCAUGCAGAGCUUGCGCGAGUACCAGCACUGUAUGAGGCACUUCAAGAGAGAGUUCCUUUUGGGGAGUUUUAUCGGUAUCACCAUAACUUCCGGGGAACCACACAACGACUUGUAGGAGCUACGUGCCUCAUCGUAUACCUGGAAGAGAAUCGCCUACCGCCUCAUGAAGAGGUGGCAAAAUCCUUGGGUUUGUGUACACAACGAGAAAAAGGUUUCCACUUGGACCUCGAGGACUACCUCCAGGGCACUCUCAGUAUUAGUCAUGAACUUUCAAGGCUUGCCAUCAAUUCAGUUAGUGCAGGAGAUUACUCUCGGCCAUUCCAGAUACGUCAGUUUUUGAGAGAUCUACAUUCAGCCUAUUCUCUGCUUUUUCCUAAAAAUGAAUUACGAAAAAAAUUUGAUGAGCUCAAAUAUUCUCUGAAGAAAACUGAAGAGGUUGUCUACAACUUGUCUCUUCGAGGACUUAAACCUCAAGAUACUGAAACCUCAGGCUAAGAAACUUCUAUCCUGUCACUGAAUGUACUUUAGAUGUUUUAAAAUAUAAGAUCUCGGAUUUAUAGUAACUUGAGUGACCUGAAGGGUUUGUGUUAUUCAGUUUAGAAUUGUAAAAUGCCUAAAAUAUUCAAGGUAUUGAUAUUUUUGUAUCAAGGGGUAGACUACCCAUUUGCUGAUGAACAGUCAUGGGUGCUUCAUGUUUACAACCAAUUAGAAGAGGUAAGCAUUGUGUUCAUUUUGUCGGAGUGGUCACUGAGCUUAAUGUGUCUUACCACUGAUAUGACAUGCAUUGUAUCAGUUACUAGCAUGACUGAUUUCCUUAUAUUAUCAGCCAUAAGACAAUUUUUUUUUUU